CUCAGCUGAGCCUAGGAAUAGGGAUAUUCUAAUGUCUGGAUCCUCCCCAGCUGGUGCCUGGGAAAUGGCAGUCACUGCUAAUUCAGCCUUGAAGACAGUCAGUAGACCGCUAAGCACCAUUACUUAGAAGGUAAAAUUCAAGAGGAGCCACCCCACCUGGACCUGGCCUGGGGGCAGGCUGGGGCCCCCCUGCCCCCGGGAUGACUGCAGCCAGCCGGGCGAACCCCUACAGCAUCGUGUCGUCAGAGGAGGACGGGCUGCGCCUGGUCACCAUGGCAGGUGCUAAUGGCUUCGGCAACGGCAGGGUGCACACAAGGCGCAGGUGCCGCAACCGUUUCGUCAAGAAAAACGGCCAGUGCAACAUCGAGUUUGCCAAUAUGGACGAGAAGUCGCAGCGCUACCUGGCUGACAUGUUCACCACCUGCGUUGACAUCCGCUGGCGCUACAUGCUGCUCAUCUUCUCACUGGCCUUCCUUGCUUCCUGGCUGCUGUUUGGAGUCAUCUUCUGGGUCAUCGCAGUGGCGCAUGGUGACCUGGAGCCGGCUGAGGGCCGGGGCCGCACGCCCUGCGUGAUGCAGGUGCAUGGCUUCAUGGCGGCCUUCCUCUUCUCCAUCGAGACGCAGACCACCAUCGGCUACGGGCUGCGCUGUGUGACGGAGGAGUGCCCAGUGGCUGUCUUCAUGGUGGUGGCGCAGUCCAUCGUGGGCUGCAUCAUCGACUCCUUCAUGAUUGGCGCCAUCAUGGCCAAGAUGGCAAGGCCCAAGAAGCGGGCGCAGACGCUGCUGUUCAGCCACAAUGCCGUGGUGGCCCUGCGAGAUGGCAAGCUCUGCCUCAUGUGGCGUGUGGGCAACCUGCGCAAGAGCCACAUAGUGGAGGCCCAUGUGCGUGCGCAACUCAUCAAGCCCAGAGUCACGGAGGAGGGUGAGUACAUCCCUCUGGACCAAAUUGACAUUGACGUGGGCUUCGACAAGGGCCUGGACCGCAUCUUCCUGGUGUCACCCAUCACCAUUCUGCAUGAGAUCGACGAGGCCAGCCCGCUAUUCGGCAUCAGCCGACAAGACCUGGAGACAGAUGACUUUGAGAUCGUGGUCAUCCUGGAGGGCAUGGUGGAGGCCACGGCCAUGACCACCCAGGCCCGCAGCUCUUACCUGGCCAAUGAGAUUCUGUGGGGUCACCGCUUCGAGCCUGUGCUGUUCGAGGAGAAGAACCAGUAUAAGAUUGACUACUCGCACUUCCAUAAGACCUAUGAGGUGCCCUCCACACCCCGCUGCAGUGCCAAGGACCUGGUUGAGAACAAGUUCCUGCUGCCCACCACCAACUCCUUCUGCUAUGAGAAUGAGUUGGCCUUCCUGAGCCGUGACGAGGAGGACGAGGCUGAGGGAGAUCAGGACAGCCGCAGCCGAGAUGGGCUCAGUCCCCAGGCAAGGCAUGACUUUGACAGACUCCAGGCUGGUGGUGGCGCCCUGGAGCAGCGGUCCUACAGGCGGGAAUCUGAAAUCUGAGCUACUGGUGGUUUAGGCGCAGCACCCCCCUGCCUGGGAGAGGAGAGGCAGCAGUGCCCCUCAGGGGCCCAGUUUGAGCAGAACCGGGAGCCAGGUGCCCCAGGUUGUGGACUCGGUAGCAUUUUAGUCAUUUUAUGUUUCUUCGCAAUGGCCUCAGAAGGUUGGUGGGAGAGUGGGUGGCCAGAGCAGGUGGCUACUGGUCUCGGAGGCCGCCGUAGGCUCAGGGCAGGGAGAUGGCUUCUUGGGGGCCAGGUCACAGGAGCCAAGGGCUCCUGCUUGAAGAUAGAGCUGCAGCCUGCCUGGAAGUGGCCCCACAGGGCUAUGCCCUGCUGUGAGCGCUGGCAGGCUGCAGCCUCCUUUGCAGGUUUUUAACUUGGGGAGAAACACCGGGUUUCAUCUUUCUCAACCUUAGCUUGGGUAAGACUGUUUACAAAAAAAAAAAUUAACAUGCAAAUGAAGAAAAGUUUUUUUUUAAUUCUUGGGGGGGACAUAAAGGGCAAUUAGAAUUCCAUGACUCUGCCAGGAUGCAGCAGCUGGCUGGAGGCUCCUGUAGGUUCCCAAGGUGGAGCUGGCUCCCCCUCCUGGCAAGCUCGGUGCUCGAGGACCUGCACUUCACGCUUAUGGGGCCAACUAGGUUCUGUUGUGAGAAAAUCCAAGACCAUGUUAAUGAUCACAAUAAAAGCUUUCUACUGUCCCUGGGGUGGAGGGUGGGGCUGGGACGAAACUGGUUUGAGCUUUUUGAGUUUGACUUUGUACCUUAGAGGUGCGUCUCAGGGCCAGAUACGGAGGGUUCACCCCCCACCCUGAUUCUCAUGUUUUGCUUCUCUCUUCAUUUCUGCCCGGGGGCCUUCAUCCCUUCCACAGUGGGGGACAGUUGGGAACCACAGGUGUAGAUGGCUCCUUGGGAAGGGAAGUCAGGAUCCCAAACUCAGAGGAAGCAGAUCAGCCCCUGUCCCCUCUGGGCCCACAGUGUGAGCCGUGCCUUAGAGACUCCGGAUUGUCUUG